CGCCCCUUCCUCCCAGCUGCUUUGCACCCCCUCCCCCAUGUCCCACCUGUCGCCUUACCUAGAAGCUGGGCUCUGUGGCUGAAGUCCAGGCUGGGGGAGCAGCACCCCCCAGCCCAGUGGAUCCACCUGUCACUCCUGCGGACGGGUCAGGACCCUUGGCCCAGCCUUGUGGGCCAGCUGCUGAGGAGAGAGCGCGGGGACUCCUGGGGGUAGCUAGCUCUCCUUCGCAGCUGGGAUGUGAGCCCAGGGAGCACCCCAGUAAAUGGCCGGCGUGCAGAGCUGGGACCCACUGAGAGUAUGGGCCUCUCGUGGGCUCAGGACCCCUCUGCCCCCCAGGUGCCACUCCCAGGACCUUAGGGGUGGGACUGAGCAGGCUUUCAGGGCCUACUGUCCAGCUCAGGAAAAGCUCAGGCCCUGGAGGUUCCGCCCCAGGUGUGGGGCUGUCUGGCGGCCACUACCUGGGGCUGAACCCUCCCCGUCUCCCCCAGGUCCCCCAGCGUCAGCCCCUCAGGGGGACCUGCUGUUUCUGUUGGACAGCUCGGCCAGCGUGUCUCACUAUGAGUUCUCCCGAGUUCGGGAGUUUUUGGGGCAACUGGUAGCACAACUGCCCCUGGGCCCCGGGGCCCUGAGUGCCAGCCUGGUGCACGUCAGCAGCCGGCCACACGCCGAGUUCCCCUUCAGCCAGCACAGCUCAGGUGCAGCUGUCCAGGACGCCAUACGUGCAGCAGCCCAGCUCAUGGGCGACACCAACACUGGCCUGGCGCUGGCAUAUGCCAAGGAACAGCUGUUUGCUGAAGCAGCAGGUGCCCGGCCGGGGGUGCCCAAGGUGCUGUUGUGGGUGACAGAUGGCGGCUCCAGCGACCCCGUGGGGCCCCCAAUGCAGGAAUUGAAGGACCUGGGUGUCACCGUCUUCAUCGUCAGCACGGGCCGCGGCAACCUCCUGGAGCUGUCGGCCGCCGCUUCGGCCCCUGCUGAGAAGCACCUGCAUUUCGUGGAUGUGGACGACCUACACAUCAUCACUCAGGAGCUGAGCGCCUCCAUUGUCGAUGCCAUGCGGCCACAGCAGCUCCGUGCCUCUGAGGUCACAUCCAGUGGCUUCCGCCUGGCCUGGCCACCCCUGCUGACGGCUGACUCGGGCUACUAUGUGUUGGAGCUCGCACCCAGCUCCGAGCCAGGGACCGCGCGACGCCAGCAGCUGCCGGGGAACGCCACGGGCUGGGCCUGGGCAGGCCUAGACCCCGACACGGACUAUGACGUGGCGCUGGUGCCAGAGUCCAACGUGCGCCUCGUGAAGCCGCAGCACCUGCGGGUGCGCACGCUGCCAGGCUCCCCCAACCCAUCGCUGGGACUGGCCAGGGAGUGCCGCAGGUUCCUGUGUAUCCUGCCUUGUGGUCAGCAGGCAGCUGAGGGGCAGAGACUCCCAUGA